ACCUACAUCCCACGUUUACAAUAAAAUAUAUAUCGAUAGUGUAUCGGAAAUCUCAGACGCACGUCGCAUAGAUCCAUAUUAAAAUUGAAGUCUGCCAGCUGCUGUGCUGCAAUACUCGUGCGCGUAACAGAUAAUAAUAUAUUGUACACGACCAAUAUUGUAUACGAGUGCUGACGUACUUUUGCGGACGAUAAUACUAUUAACUUUUAUUGUAGUGUAGUCGUGUGCGAAUUUGUAUUGAUUUCGUCGUGACGGAAACACGGCGGAUCAAUUAUUAUACGAAGUAAUGUUUCAUAAUAUGAUCAAUUUCACAACUUUGAUUCUGCUUGGUAAUAUCACAAUACACACAUGAAAGUGUCUAUCAUCAAACACCGUGGUUUAAAGCCUGCAGCAGACGCCGAAUAAUAAAUGAUCGCUUACACUAUUAACCGUGGAUAACAUUAUACAUAUAUAAUCACCGGUGGUGUAAAGCUAUAGUGCUUGAAGGACGUUUUUGGAAACGACAACGACGACGACAAAUCAUAUCGGCUGCAGAAGCUGCAGUUUCUGCCGGAUAUGUCCACACCGGCGGUCACCACUCCGGUGGAAGUCACCACUACGGCGAACACCGUACCCACCGUUGCGGUCGUCGCGGCUUUGGUUGACCCAGCGAACAAUCGUCGAUCACCACCAGAAAAGGUCGCCGGGAACGUAAGGCAUGCGAGCAUGCCACAUAUAGAUUCUAGGCCCCGUCGUCUGCAGGAAACGACGAUGACUGUGCCGAAGUCCGGUAAAGAGCAAACAGCGCAACAGCAGCGUCAACAGUACGGCAGGUCGAAUAGUACAACAGCAGCGACGGCGGCCGAAAGGAGCGUGCAUCGUGUCGGUGGUGGUGGUGGUGCUGGUGCUGGUGGUGGUGUUGGAACGGGGUUCAAGAGCAAAUUGCGCAACUCGUUCAGGUCGACCGCCAAGAGGAUCCGGCAACAGCAAUCGGCUAUCGACGCGCUGGCUAAGAACAGCCAAAUGCUUGGACUUCACAACCUCCAGGACAGUCCCAGGACGAUGCAGGCGCAACGAACUAUUGGCCGGGAGGUUGCAGGUCAGACGUCCAAACAUCGACCACAAAAUCAACAGGGCGUGGUGUUGUAUUCGUCGUCGGGAAGUGACCACAGUCUCGGAAGAGAAAGGUCACCGACCAUUAGCAGCUACCCAAAAGGAUCUCCUUCACUAUGGACAGGCACUUGCAGCCCAUUAGGUGGUUCGCAAUUUUCGUUGGCCACUCAAAACACAUGCUGUUGUCAGCAUGUGAUCAACAAUUGCAAAAUGAUGAUAGAAAACAACAACAACAAUAUGUGGCAACAAAAUUCGUUCAAACACAAUAGGGGCAAUAAUUCUGGGCCAAAAAAUUCAAAUGGGGAACCAUAUGAAGACAGUGAUGGACUAACGUGGAGGAGGUUACACAUGAGUAGAGCAAAACUCAAAGCUACAGCUACCACAUCAGAACUAUUAUCUGGAUUUGCGAUGGUGGCGAUGGUGGAGCUACAGAUCAACGAGCCGACCAUGGUGCCCGAAUGGCUGUUCAUCAUGUUCGCGGUGUGCACCACCGUGCUGGUGGCCGUGCACAUAUUCGCGCUGAUGAUCAGCACGUACCUGCUGCCCAACGUGGACGCCAUCAGCAAGUUGCAGAGCACCAAGCUGAUCCAGGAGUCGCCGCACGAGCGCAUGCGCGGAUUCGUCGAGCUGGCCUGGGCGUUCUCCACCGUGCUCGGGCUGUUCCUGUUCCUGGUCGAGGUGGCCAUACUGUGCUGGGUCAAGUUCUGGGACCACUCGGUCCGGGCCGCCAUGGCCGCCACCAUAAUCGUCAUACCAGUGCUGGUCAUAUUCGUGUUCUUCGUGUUCCAUUUCUAUCGGAACCUGGUCGUGUACAAGUGCAAGUCCACCGUGUCCGACAUCAAGGAACUGGAGGCCAUGAAGAAGAAACUUGACGCGGCCGGUACCACAAAAGUCGUCUGAUCCGCACGGCGGCGGCCGAUCGGUAGUUUUACGUAACACGUUUUUGAAUUUUGAAUUUUGAAAUAACAAGGAAUAUCCAUUCGUUUCUAAAAGUAACUGUUAGUAAUUAGUAACUAUUAAAACCCAUAUAGGAAUAAAAAUAAAUCUAAACGAUUAUUGAAAUGAAAUUAUUAUAUGAAAUACCUAAUUUUAUGCAAAGACUCCUGUAAAAAAAUCUAUUAUGAAAAUAAUGUUCCAUAUAAUAUGCUAAAACAACCAAAAUAUGCACUACAUAUUAACAUUUAUAUUUGUAUUACUGCUGUUAUGAAACGGAUAUUUUACCUCACUUAGCAUGUUUAUCUAUACCUAUGUGUCAAAAAAAGAAAAACAUGGAAAUGCACGAACUUAAAAAUCCUGGUUAUAAUAUUAUAAUAUAUUAAUAAUCCAAUAAUAAUUUAUUUUAUUGUCAUCGUCGAAUUAUCAUAAUAUUAUAAUCGUUAUUAUUAUUAUUAUUACUAUUUAUCACCACUAUUAUUAUUGUUAUUAUUAUACACAUCAUUCCGCGCAAUGUAUAAUAUAUAUUUAUAUAUUAUAAACGAAUAAUAUCGUACCUAUUUUUGUUAUAUGUUAUAAUACACGCGCACGUCUAGUUGAAAACCUUACAUUUUAUGUUAUAUAUUAUAAUAACAUUCGGCAAUGAAGCAAUACCUGGUAAGUCAAGAAAUAUGAUUUCGGGUACAAGUAUACAACAACAUCAAAAUGUUUAAAUCAUAGCUAUCAUAUUUUUCAAAGAGAAUGGGUAUAAAUUUAAAAGUAUAAUUCCACUUAAAUCAGUUGUUAACGUUUGAUAGAAAUGUUACGUAUAUUAUCUAUUACUAUUACUUAGUGAUAAUUUUAACUUGAAUUAUAUCUUCUAUCUAUUUUAAAUUUUUAUUGUAUGCUCUACUUACAUUCUUAUGAAUGAUACAUAUGUGUCUCCUAAAAAACUAACUUUUUUUUACUUAUGAAGUAUUGCUUCUCUAUUGACCAAUUUAUUUUAGGCCAGCACUAUACCCCUAUAUAUUAUGUUAUAUUAUGUUGCUGACCAUGGAAGCAAGUCCGCUGUAUAAAGCGUCGGUUAUAUAUUUUUACUUAAUAUACAAUACGCAAAUAGUGGCGGCUACGUGUCAAAAUUGAAAAAUAAUCAAACAAUAUUAUCCCCGUAGCUAUGUUAUGUCAACCAAUAUGAUUGUAUUUAGAUUUUAGACAUAUAGACAGAAUAAUAUACUCAUUGCCACAAGUCGAUAAGAGAAACAAACUAUCUAAUUUAUUGCGUUUACUAUCGUUAUACUAUUUACAUAAAACAUAAUAAGUACAAUGAAACUUCAAAGUACCGAGUACUCUUGGUUUCUGAAAUUGGGUCCACUAUUUAGAAGUAUCUGUUAGGGGAAGUUUCGCAUUAUAUAUUAUUAAUAACCUAACGGUCCUAACUUAUUGACUUGAUCGCUUUAUAGCCGCCACUGUGCAUAUUGCGGACCCAUAAAACGUAGUACCUUAAUGGUUAACGAAAUGUUGUACAACAAAUGUUUAUUGAAGUAGUUUGAUAAAAAAAAAACAGUAUUAUAUGAUUAAAUAAUUAAAUAUUAUUAAUAAUAUUAUGCUCUAACUGUAAGAAUAUAUAUAUAUUUUUUUUUUGUAUUUUUUUCAGAAAAUGUACUCAAAUAUUUUUUCAUCACUAUUUCGAUUUUUGUUUCAAAUAUAAACUUUAUACAAAAUACAA